AUGCGGUUUCUUAACCCCAAAUCCGGCCGUAUGGCUGUCCUUUUGCUCGGAUUAUCAGUCCAAUUAGCCUAUGGGGAGAUGUUACAACUCUCAGUUAAUGAAUUCGAUACUUUGGCCCGAAAUAAAUUCUUGGUGCUCCACGAUUUAUCAAAAACGCUUAAAGCUUUGAUCACUAAGGUCACUAGCAGAGCUACCUUCGGUCCCGGUGCAGUAGGCUCAGCCCAUUGGCCCACCCUUGAGACCAUAGUAGCCCGAUCUUCCGCCGGAAUCGUCAAUGCGGGACGGCAAACCGCAGUUGCCGAACCACGAAGUGCUACAAUCGCCAAUGACCUUGCAGCUAUUGUCAGAAACAUACCAAAUCUCCAGAUAACCCUUCAUCGGGAUACUUGGUCCGAUAGGGAAGGACAACCAUACGCACAGAAUCUUUGGGAUCGAAUUAAAGAGUUUUCUAAUUAUCUUACCGAUGGCGGGGUAGUUAAUAUAAACAAGGCUACUUCGCUUCUAUCAUGGGUGUAUAACGCCGAAUUUGACCCGAUAGUCGGUAUAUAUACCCUUGACACCAAUAAAAAGGACAUACUUGAAAUCGCAGUCGGUGCAGUAGCUGGUGACCUCGAAACCGAGACAUCUAAACUGCUAGGCCUUGAUUUUAAUUACCGUUCAUCUAUCAGUCGAAUUUUGGACGUUCAGCUCGUUAGGAGUUCCAUAUCCCUUCUACACAGGAGCUCCAGCGAUAUUGUGCAGUUUAUGGGAGACUAUGCUGAUGAUUUUGCUGAUCUCAAAGAUGACCUUGAGGAUCUCGAGGUGCAGGGCGGUCCCAUUACAACGACUACUAAUAUCCCGAAUAUUAGGGGCUUUUCCCUGUAG